UCUGGGAGCUGAGGGCAGGUUCCAGAAACUGUUCCGGCGGGGCUGCCCGGCGGUGUGGAGUCGCUCCCUCCUCCCACAGAACGUGCCCAGGCAAGACCAGAAAGUCGCUCGCCAUGUCAUCUGCGGAGGCGGGGGAUGUUUUCCACAGAGCCCGGGGCAGGACCCUGGACGCGUUUUCUUCAGAAAAGGAAAGGGAAUGGAAAGGCCCAUUCUACUUCAUCCAAGGUGCAGACCCCCAGUUUGGGCUGAUGAAGGCCUGGUCCACUGGGGAUUGUGACAAUGGUGGAGAUGAAUGGGGGCAGGAGAUGCGUCUCACUGAGCAAGCUGUUGAGGCCAUCAACAAGUUGAACCCAAAACCCAAAUUCUUUGUUCUUUGUGGAGACCUCAUCCAUGCCAUGCCAGGAACUCCCUGGAGGAAAGAACAGACCAAGGACCUGCAGCAAGUACUAAAGGCUGUUGACCAAGACAUUCCACUGGUGCUGGUCAGUGGCAACCAUGACUUGGGCAACGUCCCCACAGCCGAGACCGUGGAGGAGUUCUGCCGGACGUGGGGAGAUGACUACUUCAGCUUCUGGGUAGGCGGCGUCCUGUUUCUGGUGCUCAAUUCCCAGUUCUUCUACGAUGCCUCUAAGUGCCCUGCACUGAAGCAGGCCCAGGACCACUGGCUGGACCAGCAGCUGAGCAUCGCAGAGCAGAAGAGGUGCCAGCACGCCAUUGUCUUCCAGCAUAUCCCGCUGUUCCUGCAGAGCAUUGAUGAGGAUGAUGACUACUUCAACCUCACCAAGGCCGUGCGGAAGGAGCUGGCAGACAAGCUCACUAGAGCAGGUAUCAGAGCUGUGUUCUCCGGCCACUACCACAGGAAUGCGGGGGGGACCUACCAGGAUCUUGACAUGGUGGUUUCAUCUGCAAUCGGGUGCCAGCUGGGCAGAGACACCCAUGGGCUCCGUGUGGUGGUCAUCACUGCUGAGAAAAUUGUUCACCGUUACUACAGCUUAGAAGAGCUGAGCAAGAGAGGAAUUGACGAGGACCUGAAGGAGCUGAUGAAGGAGUGAUUCCCCAUGUAAUCCACCCAGGUUUCAUGCCCACGAAUGUCUACAGCCCCUCACAGCAAUGUCUGAGUAGACAGGCAAGUUUGUGAAUGGCUGUCCUUUUAUAUAAAUCAAAAUGCUGGGUCCUAGCUUCAAUUAUAUUCAAAAGGGGGCUGUCUUCCCUUUAAAAAGCCAGAAAAGAAGGCUGUCAAUAUUUUCUAAUUAUGGUGUGAGACUUUCCACAUGAUGUUUGGGUAAAUUCUCCUCAUGGUGCAGCCUUCAGCUCUGCCCUGGAUUCCCCCUGUUUCUGACAGUUUACAGUCAAUACCCACCUUCUGCCCUCAAUCCCAGCUCAGUACCCAAGUGUGAUCAUCAAUAAUUCCUCCAACAAACUGCUUCUGCUUUUGUUAAAUUGUGGUCAUGACUCCCAGAACACUGGGAAAACAAAGGUCCCUCCUUCUUACUGGCCGACCAAAUAGUACCACUCUGUCCCAGGGCCACAGAGUCCUCGUAACAGGGAGCUUCAUAACCACCACUAAUGUGAAUUUCAAGACUUCUGUUACUGCUGAUGGUACAAACACAGGUGGUCCACGUGACGUUGGGUUUUGUUCUGAUGACAGAUGUCACCUUCACGUACAGACUCCGUGUUCCAGGUGAGCAGAGGAGAGGCCGCAGCAUGAAGGCCCUGGACAGCCCAUGUGUCUGCCGUUUACAUCCUCCUGCUGCGGCCAGCCCACAGCGUUAUCAGAUCACAGUGAACCUAGUGGGAAAACUGGACGUGAUGCAGACUUCUCCCAAGAACAACACAGAACUGUCCCGGGGCAAACUAUAUCAUGUUAAUUACCACUGACAUACAAUACCCCUGGACAAAAAACAGUGUGAGUUACUUAAAAUCCUUUUCAUGGUGGAAUCCGCUCUGUUGCCUCCUCCUGGAGCACUGACCUCUGUGGCCUUCCCUCCAUGCAGCUCCUAGCUGAUGCUCGAGUAACCGGGGCUCUCUGCCCUGCUGCGGAAGUUUUACAGUGUCCUGCAGUGGCACAGGGGAAUCCUAAACCGACUUAAAAAACUCACUGGUUAUAAAUGAACCACAAAGCCCAUUAAAUUAAAAACUUUCUCAUUAAAAAGUUUAGUCAAUGUAGCAAAACCAUGAGAAAUUAAAUAAAAAGAUAAUUGGAUAUGUAAAUUCAUAUGGAACAAAAGAUACAAGAAGUUAAUGAUGUUACAGAUUGGUGACACACCAGCGCUCAUUGUUAGGUAGCACAAGAAAAUUAAAUUUUUUAAACCAGAAUGAUCUUGUAGUGCUUGGCUAUG